GCUGCCCUGUUGGCGGAAUUGCGGGCCAAUCGUGCCGCUGGCAAGACGCGUAUGGACACAUACGAGGUUGCUGAAGAAGAACAAUUAUAUGACGAGGUCGACGAAGAGGGGUACAAGAAGAUCGUGCGGGGUAGAUUGGACGAAGACGACUUUGUGGUCGGUGACGAAGGCGAAGGAUACGUCGAUGACGGCAGAGAAGAGUGGGACGAUGAUCAGGGCCGAUACCGCUACGCUGCCACAGAAAGCGAGGAUGAAGACGAGAGACCCGCUAAAGGGAAAGCGGCCAAGCGAAAGCGCGAAGAAGAUGAAGAGAAACAGAAGAAGAUUAACAAUGGCAUUAGCAAGUACUUCAGUGCGAAGAAUGCUGCCAUGGCACCAAAAGCAAAGCCUGUUGCCACUGCCGCCGAUAAAGAUUUCAUGGAUGACCUGCUGGGCGAAAUCGAGACAAGCCCCGUCCAUACCUCCACGAUCCGAACACGACCCAUCAAAACCGAGGCUAGGCGAAAGACUCGCGUACUAUCACCACCGAUAUCUGAGAACCGCCCAGCGGCGACAAAGCGGCGCACGAAUGACUCGGGUCAUAUUCCAGGCACCCCGCCAACAGAAGUAGCAGAGGCAGAUGACGAUGCCCUUCCCACAUUCGAUGACGACGUUCCCAUGAGUGACGCACCACUACCAUCAUCACCAGUCACAAAGGCCGUAGAGCGCAGAGCACAACCCGCGGUAAAGAUCGAAGAAGAGGAAGAGGACCUCAUGGAGAUUGCCCAGCCCACGGGCCAUCUUGGUGUACCCGUUGCCAGCGUCAACAUGGCUGGCCGACGCCCAAUAGCGAAGAUCAAAAAGGAGGAUCACCCCACACCUGCCGACUCUUCGCCUGCCAAACCAUCUACAACACACGUCGAUGCUUCUUCUUGGAACGAUGUAACAAGCAACCUCAACGUCAUGAGCAGCCCAGCUCCACAGACCACAGGAGUUGGUAAAUUGCAGCCACAAGAUGCUUUAGAAGACGACGGUAGCAUGCGUAUGUUCUGGAUCGACUAUACUGAGGUGAACGGUAGCUUGUGCUUGUUCGGCAAAGUUAAAGACCGGAAGUCGGGAAAAUACGUCAGUUGCUUCGUAAAAGUCGACAACAUACUACGCAAACUGUACUUCUUGCCCCGUGAAUACCGUCACGUCAGGGGUGUAACCACCGACGAGGAGAUUGGGCUGAGUGAUGUUUCAGACGAGGUCGACAUGAUCAUGAGCAAGCACCGCGUCAACCUACACAAGAUCAAGCCAUGCACAAGGAAGUACGCUUUCGAACUCGCCGACAUACCCAAAGAGGCGGACUACCUGAAACUUCUAUAUGGAUACGAUAAGAUGCCCCUGUCUUCUGACCUGACGGGAGAGACGUUCUCACACGUCUUUGGAACCAACACGUCCCUUUUCGAGCAGUUUGUUCUUUGGAAGAACAUCAUGGGACCUUGCUGGCUGAAGAUUGAUGCACCAGAUUUCGGUGCUGUCGCCAAUGCCUCUUGGUGCAAGCUGGAAGUUCUGGUCACCAAACCCAACAACAUCACGGUUACGAGUGCGUCGGAUAAUCUGGAUGCGCCCCCUAUGACCCUCAUGAGUCUUUCUUUACGAACAACGUUCAACGCAAAAGACAACAAGCAGGAGAUCCUGAUGGCCAGCGCGAUGAUCUACGACAACUUUUCAUUAACCGACACUACACCCGUUGACCAGAUGCAAUGCAAGAGCUUCACCAUUAUGCGACCAAACGGACCGGCUUUCCCGAUAGGGUUUCAAGGCGAAGUUGAGAAAAUCAAGGGUAACAUGUACCUCAAGAAGACUGAGCAAGAACUUCUCAGUCUGCUUAUGGCCAUGUUUUACCGGCACGAUCCAGACGUUCUUGUUGGCCAUCGUUUGGAUGAUGUGGAUUACAGUGUCUUGCUGAGCCGCCUGCGCGAAAAGAAAACCCCCGGAUGGCACCGUAUUGGACGGCUUAAGAGGAGCGACUGGCCCAAGAAUAUGGGCAAAGGCGGAGGCAGCUUCUUUGCUGAGAAGCAACUGGCUUCUGGCCGCUUGUUGUGUGAUUUGGCCAACGAUCUCGGAAAGUCUCUCAUGCCAAAAUGCCAAUCUUGGAGUCUCGAAGAGAUGUGUCAGCUCGGUCUCAACAAGCGCCGUGAAGAGCUUGACAAUGAGGUUGCUUUGAAAACCUGGGCAACCACGAAGGAAGGCCUCUUGAAUUAUGUCAAGCACUGUCAGGCUGACGCAUAUUUCAUCGCCGCUAUAGCGAUCAAGGUGCAGAUGCUGCCACUCACCAAGGUCCUGACCAACUUGGCUGGUAACUCCUGGGCUCGAACACUGAGUGGAACUCGCGCCGAACGUAACGAGUACAUUCUGCUGCACGAAUUCCACAGGAACAAGUACAUUUGCCCAGACAAGCAGUGGGGUAAGAGCAAAGUCAAAGCUGAGGACGAGGGUGCAGAGGGAGAGGAAGGAGCAGACGCCAAGAAGAAAGACAAGUACAAGGGUGGUCUCGUUUUUGAGCCCGAAAAGGGCCUUUACGACAAGUUCAUCCUGGUCAUGGACUUCAACUCCCUUUAUCCCAGUAUCAUCCAGGAGUACAACAUCUGCUUUACGACAGUCGAGCGAUCUGAUAUCUCCGAAGAUGAUGACAAGGUACCCGAAGUCCCUACCGACCAAGAGCAGGGUAUUCUACCACGCCUUAUUGCCACACUUGUCUCUCGACGUAGGGAGGUGAAGAAGCUCAUGAAGUCCAAAGAUGCUACUCCGGAUCAACUGGCCACCUGGGAGAUCAAGCAAAUGGCUCUCAAGCUCACUGCCAACUCCAUGUACGGAUGUUUGGGAUACACCAAAUCUCGUUUCUACGCUCGCCCGCUCGCUAUGCUCACAACAUACAAGGGUCGAGAGAUUUUGCGCAAGACCAAGGACAUGGCUGAGGAGAAGGCACUUCGUGUCAUCUACGGUGAUACCGACUCUGUCAUGAUCAAUACAAAUGUCGACAACAUUCAGGACGCAGUCAAACUGGGUAAUGAGUUCAAGAAAGAAGUCAACGACAGUUACAGGUUGUUGGAGAUUGAUAUCGACAACAUAUUCCGACGCAUCUUGCUGCACGCCAAGAAGAAGUAUGCUGCUAUCAACAUGGUGGCAGUUGACGGCAAGUACAUUGAAAAGCUGGAAGUCAAGGGUCUCGACAUGAGGCGCAGAGAAUACUGCGCCCUCUCCAAGGAGACCUCUACGGAACUACUCAACUUCCUUCUCAGUGGUGAAGACCCGGAAGUCGUUGUCGAGAAGAUUCACAAUCACCUCCGCGAACUCAGCAAGCAAAUGCGCGAAUACGCCAUUCCGGCUCGAAAGUACACCAUUUACACUCAGCUUGGAAAGAACCCGAAGGAAUACCCCAACGGCAACUCCAUGCCCUCGGUCCAAGUCGCUCUACGCCUCAUGGCUAAAGGAAAGCACGUCAAAGCAAAGGACGUUAUGAGCUUUAUCAUAACUGGAGAGUCAUCUGGAUCCGCUGAGAAUGCAGCCAAAAAUGCCUACCCGGUGGACGAGGUCCUCAAACCUGACAGCGGACUGAAGCCGGAUAUCGACUACUACCUCCACAAACAGAUUCUACCACCAGUGGAGCGUCUUUGUGCUCCUAUCAGCGGAACAAACAUUACGCUCCUUGCCGCCUGUCUCGGACUUGAUACCUCCAAGUAUCGUGUCAGCACAGUCUCUGGCGGCGCGCAACAAGACACCGAGAUCCACCCUCUGGAGUCACAGAUCCCGGACUCUGUGCGCUUCCAAUCCUGCUCGCCGCUUUGGCUACGCUGCCGAGCCUGUGCGACUGUCUUCCCCUUCCAAGGUCUCUCCUCAACUUCACCCACUGCGACGUCGUUGCAAACCAUCUCGCACACCGGUAUUCAAUGUCCUGCAGAAGGUUGCGGUGUGACACUGCAAAACAUCAGCGUAGUAGCACAACUAGAGUCGGCAAUCCGACAAGUUGUCGCCUCAUACUAUGCGGGCUAUGUUCUAUGCGACGACCCACAGUGCUCCAACCGUACGCGCAGCAUUUCCGUCUACGGCCACCGCUGUUUAGGACCCAAGGGACUUGCCCGCGACUGCUUGGGCAAGAUGAGCUACGAGAUCAAAGAACGCGAUGUAUGGAACCAGCUUCUCUACUAUCAGUCUUUGUUUGAUGUUGAUCGUGUUGGCAAGACGGACGGCGGUAUCAAGGCGGAGGAUAUGGAGCGAAGAGAGAAGAUGAAAGUGUUGGCUGAAGUCAAUAGGGAGAGAUUUGACACGUUGAAGAGCGUGGUGGAGAGGUGGUUGGAAAAGAAUGGACGGCAGUGGGUGCAGAUGGAUAGUCUCUUUUCUUUCGCACUCAAGGCAUAAGAAACGGGGUUGGUGCAUACAAAGAUACCAAUAGGCGUUGGAUAAGCAUCUCAGGGGUACGGACUGCAAACAG